AUGGGGACCCAGCACUCCUCCUCAGGCAGCAUGGUCUGUGCCGACGCGGGCGUUGAAGUCACAAAGAACAAUCAACUUAUCCGUCUUCGCCACCGACUCCAGGAGUGCAUGAAAAUCCUCGUGGAAUUUGUUCCUCACCUCGUCGGGGCUGGUCAUCCGGGCAGCGUAGACACUAAUGAUGGUGGCGAGUUUGCCUCCCUGGAGAGACAGACGGAGGCUCAUUAG